CUUUGAACGACAUCAUGUUUUUUUCUAUCAAUAUAAUACUUUAUUUUGUUGUUGCCGUCAUUGUUAUUAGGGUCUUUAACGUAUUAACGAUGGGUUGGAAUAAAAGCAACGUUUGUUUAGUGGGAAAAACCGCAAUUAUUACCGGAGGAAGAUCGGGUUUAGGGUAUGAAACUGCGCUAAUAUUAGCAAGUAGAGGAGCUAGAGUUAUUUUGGGUGAUAGAAAAGAUUCAACGGAUGUGGUUAAAACAAUAAUAGAAGAAACAAAAAAUCCAAACGUUAUCGGAAAAUUUGUAGAUUUAGCCGAUUUUAAAACCGUUAGAAAAUUCGCCGAUGAUAUCAUUGCUAACGAGGAACGUUUAGACAUUUUAAUAAAUAACGCAGGAGUUGCAGGUGAUGUUCGUGGGAUCACAAAGGAUGGAUUACAACUUCAAAUACAAAUUAAUUACUUUGGGCCAUUUCUUUUAACACAUCUUUUAAUCGACAAAUUAAAACAAACCGCGCCGAGUAGAAUCAUUUUCGUAAGCUCGAUAUCAGCGUAUACUUCCUUUUUAAACGUGAAUUCGUUGACUAAAUCAUUUAGAAAUGUUAUACCACUAUUGGAUCAUUACAUUCCAUACAGUAACAGUAAGCUUUGCGAUGCAAUUUGUUCGGUUGGUUUUGCAGAAAGAUUAAAAGGAACUGGGGUUACUUGUAAUGCUCUUCAUCCAGGGAUUGUUACAACACCAAUGGUAAAAACAAUGAUGUCUUGUAAGGAUAACAUAAUUUUGCAAUAUUUUUGGUAUGGUUUGGCUGGGUUGAUUGGAAAAUCACCACAUGAAGGGGCACAAACCCAUGCGUAUUUAGCGAUGGCGAAUGAAGUUCAAAACGUUUCAGGAGAAUUUUUUAUCGAUUGCAGAAAAUUUUUCCAACCGUUUAUGUUGAGGAAUAAAGUUUUGUGUGAAAAUAUAUGGAAAAAAACGGAAGAAUUAGUCAAUUUACAACCAAAUGAGAAAUUAUAACUUUAUUGGGUUCUAAAUAAAUAUUUAUUUAUAUUUUA